AUGGCCCGUUUACGAUCGGUACUGCAGCAAGUCUGCAGCGUACUGCUGCUACUGGCCGUUGGCUCGAAUGCUCUCAAAUUGGAUAUUCAGGCGGGCAGCGGCCACGACAAGACUUCGCGGCGAUGCAUCCGCAACUUUGUGGCCAAGGACAUGCUCGUCGUCGUGACGGCCAUUGUCGAUGGGUGGAGGGGCGACGGCAUGCAGCUCAACAUGCAUAUCUCGGACUCGACAGGCAACGAGUACGGCAAGCCCAAGGACAUUGCUGGCGAGCAGCGCACCGUCUUCACCUCGCACGCCGACGCCCCGUUCGACGUGUGCUUUGAGAACAUCUUGACUGGCUCCCGCUACGUCGAACACCCGUACCGCCAUAUCGAGUUGGAUAUCGACAUCGGUGCCGACGCCAAGGACUGGUCAGCCAUCCAGGCGACGGAGAAGCUGAAGCCGGUCGAGACGGAGCUGAGGCGCAUUGAGGAGAUGGUGGCCGAGGUGGUCAACGAGAUGGAGUACCUGCGGUCGCGCGAGCAGACGCUGCGCGACACCAACGAGAGCACCAACACGCGCGUCAAGUGGUUCGGCUUCGGCACCACCUUCCUCCUGAUCGGACUCUGGGCGUGGCAGAUCAUGUAUCUGCGGGCGUAUUUCAGGUCGAAGCAUCUGAUUUGA